UCUGAGGGCCCAAGCUUAAGCCCAAAUAAAGGCUUUUUGCUGUUGCAUACACUCCAGACUCCUUGGUGGACAUUGAGGGUUGCAAGAUCUGGGCAUAAUAUUUGGGGGCUCGUCCCAGGAUCCCCAAGACCCCACAGGACCCCUGGAGUGUUGAGCCUGGUCCGGCCGGAAAACUCUUUAUCUUUUGCAGGAAUGAAUGGCCAACCUUCAAUGUUGGAUGGCUGGACAAGGGAACAUUUGACCUCUCAACUAUUUACAAGGCUAAAAACAUCAUUUUCAGGCGACCAGGACACCCCAACCAGGUUCCUUACACUGCAACCUGGCAGAUCCUGAAGACCCCCCAAACGGCUCAAACCAUUUUUGCCGCCUCAGGGUUCAAAGACAACCAUCCUCACCCUGCGUGAUGGUGAGUGGCAGAAAAGUGAAACAAAACCAUCCACCCCACUUUAUCCUGUCCUCCAGGGUGGUUUGGAGGAAGAACUUCUGCUUGAGCCUCCCCCAUACUUGCCCAACCGCCGGUACAACCAGAGCAUUCAGAGCCCCCAGGAGAGGCUGAGGUGGCCCAGGCCCCUGGGGCUGAAAGCCCUCCCCAAAUUUGGAGGAGGGUCCAGAGAGGACAGCUGUGAGCAGCAUCAGACUCCACUGUCCGUCCCUUAAGGGCAGUGGGACCCUUUAAUGAGGCAGGAGAUCAACAGAUGCAGUAUUGGCCAUUUGCCACCAGUGAUCUCUACAAUUGGAAAUUGCAAACAGCCAAAUUCUCAGAAACCACAGGACCUUAUUGAUCUGUUAGAAUCUGUUCUUUUCACCCAUCAGCCCACUUGGGACAACAUCCAGCAGCUAUUACAGGUUCUAUUUACCACCAAGGAAAGGGACUGGGUCCAAACUGAGGCCCACAAGCUGGUCCCCAGGGUGGAUGGGAAUCCCACCACCAACCAGGCACUGAUCAAUGAAGCCUUCCCACUAGCCCGACAAAACCGGGCCUUCAAUGUGGCAGAAGGUAAGGCGAGGCUCUGGAUCUACCGCCAGACUCUAAUGGAGGGUCUCUGGGCCACUGCAAGGUGCCCAACUAAUUUGGCUAAGAUUAGUAAUGUGCAGCAAGAAAAAACAGAAUCCCUGGCAGCCUUUUUAGAAAGGAUCCUUGAGGCAUUCCACCCUUAUACACCUAUGAAUCCAAAGGCACCAGAAAACAAGAAUGCGGUUGUAUUGGCCUUUGUCAAUCAGUCAGUGCAUGACAUUAGACACAAAUUACAGAAACUAGAUAGAUUGGCAGAUAGGACUCUGCUGGAGCUGUUGGCAGUGGCAGAGAGGGUCUAUAACCACAAAGAACGUCUGGAAGACAAACAAGCUCUAGCCGCAGCCACUGCUAGCACCAAGAAGACCCGAGACUUUGCUAAGAUCCUUCUGGCUAUGACCGCAAGGUCACCUGAUGAGUGGGAACGUCAACUGUGCUACCUCUCUGCAGACUGAGGUAGGAAACCCCAGGAAGGGCAACCGAGGUUACAGAAGAACCAAUGUGCCUAUUGCAAAAAGAUGGGCCACUGGAUAAAAGAUUGUCCAGAAAAACCUGCUGGGGGAGGCAGGGCCCAAGGAGGGGUACAAAUCCUUGAGCUCAGAGAAAUGAAUGCCCACAUUCACUUCACCCCUAGUGGGGCCCAAAUGACUGAUCAAGAAGGCCACCCAAUCCAAGUACUCACCCUACAACUAGAAGAUGAGUUUAGGUUACAUUAAAAACUGGCCUCUACUAUCGGCCGGUCCAGGACUUGAGAGAGGUAAACAAGAGGGUUAUGGAUGUUUAUCCAACAGUACCUAAUCCUUACACUCUCCUGAGUUCCUUGCAACCUUACAGAAACUGGUACACAGUGUUAGACUUGAAAGAUGCCUUCUUUAGCCUGCCUCUGGCCAAAGAGAGCCAGCCCUUCUUUGCUUUCAAAUGGCAAGACCAGGAGAUCAGCUUCAAUGGGCAGCUGACUUGGACCCGCCUGUCACAGGUAUUCAAAAAUUGCCCAUCCUGUUUGAUGAGGCUCUCCAUGAAGACCUGGGUGAGUACCAGCUGGAACACCCCCAGCUCACCCUAUUACAAUAUGUGGA